UUCAGGAUACUCUUUCUGUGUUUUGUAAACAAGCUGCUUUUUUUAACAAGCUUUGUAAACAAGCUUUACGAGAUCUAUUAAAUUUGAUUAACUAUUGUUCAUGAAUAUAUAAAUUAAACUUCUAUAUUCUAUUUCAUGAAUAUAUAUUUUAACUCGAAUUAUUUACCUUUUUAACAAAAGCAUUAAGAUACACUUGAUGCUAGAAAAUUUUGAACAUUAGCAAUUGAAAGAAUAAAGUAACAGAAAAAUCUAAAGUACUGUGGAUAUUUAAACCCAGCUUCAAUAAAAAGCAAUGUUGGCAUUAUGUCUGAUUCAGAAUCUUCUCCACCCUUGCAGAAGAGCAGUUUACCCAUGCUGUUUGAAACUCAAAAUUUUGGAUUUCAACCACAGGAGUCAAAAUGUGUUAAUUCCCUUUGUAACCUGAUUAAUACAAGGUUAAAGCUGUUAGAAAAUGAAAUAUUUGGCCAACAUAAAGUUUGGGAAUACAUUCAAAAAGAGGUUGAUGAAGUAAAAUCCUUGAUUGAGGACUGCACAUCAACUUGUGAUUCAUCCUCUUUGAGUGGGCAUGAUAAUGACAGUGAAGUUGUGGAUUCUGCUCUUGAAAGCCAUAAAACAUGUAAUAGUUUGUUAUGGGACAAAAUAAAAUUAGCCGAAGAAAAUAUAAAUGUUAAAAAAACAUUGAUGAAAAUUUUAAGCACUGAUGUGACAAAAUUGAAAAGUUAUAAAAGGAAGUGUAAAAAAAAGUUGGAACAUUCUGGGUCCAAUAUUGACCUUAUUCUUGAAGUCACUAAUGGACUCAAUGUUUUUAAAUGUAGCCAGUGUAAAUUUUGUAGUGACCAUUCUGAUUUUAGAGAAGCCCUUUUAUCAUCAAUAAUUGAAUUAGUUCAUUUUAAUGAAAAAAGUCACAGUUCUUUAUUGGAAGAAAAUAAAGCAUUUAAAUCCUGUUUACAAAAAAUUUAUUUUAAAACAAAACAUUGUCUUUUACACAAUCAAAUUUAUUCUAAAAAUCAGCCAAGUCAACAUUCUUCUUUUGAAAAUGAUGGCCAUGCAUUUUAUGAUAAUGUGUACUCAAGCUUUGAACAGUUUUGUCAUCAUUUUCAAAGCCUCCAAGAAGAACUUAUGCAGCUAAAACAUAUUUUGCUUGCAGCAGAAGAAAAUCAUUUAGAUAAUUUUUUUCAAGCUUCUCAUUCUUUUGAUUGUAAAAGCUAUAUUGAUAUGAGGAAAAGGCAAGUUGGUUUUCAAAAUGAAUUUGAAGAUAAUGAAAAAUUUUCUCGUCAUCACCAGAGAAAUUAUUGCGGUUUUGAAAAAAAGCUUAAUUGUUGUGAUGAGUCUUCAGAUAAUGAUAUGUCAUGUGAAGCAAAUCCAGCAUAUGAUCUAAAUGCCAACAAUUUGGUUAAAAAUGAACUGGACUCACUCCGCAGUGGAAUAUUUGAAGCUAUGCGUGGUAUUCGUGAUGUGGAAGUGGAGGAUAAUGAUGAUAGAAAUCUUAUCAACAUGGUAGCUUCUUUAGCUGAAGAGUGUGGAGCUCUUCGGCAAGAAGUUAGUUAUUUACGAAAUGUACGUCAAGAAAAGAAACGUUCCUGGAAUAAACUGCAAUGUUUCAUAAUGGAUGCAGAACGAAAACUUAAAGGAAGUCGAAGUAUUUCUACUUUAAGAGAGAUCAUUCGAGAUUUGGGGCAAAUAAUUGUGUCAAGUGAAUCAUCAUCAAUUGAUGAAGCAAUUUUAUACAUGUACACUAAUCAGCUAGAGUGGCUUGAAAAGUUUUCUAUGGGUUGUGAAAAUUUAUCAGUUGGCAAAGAUUUGGGUUGUAAAGAUAUGGUAAAAGAUUCUGAAAAUACUAAGAAUAAUCAAGAGUGCCCUGCUUUAAGUGACUCAUAUUCUCAGACAUUAUUUAACUUUGUUUAUGAUAAGCAAAACGGAAGUACUAAUGAUGCAAAAAAUGUUGAAACAUGUGAUGUUGCAAUUCAAGUUGAUGCAUUUUCAUUUGGAAAUACUGCAUUAUCUCUCUAUGAACCUUCUUUUACCGAAAUUAGUAGGGAAAUUUAUGUUGUUCCUGAAGCUUUAGACGAAUCUGACUCUUGUUACAAUACUAUUUCUUCAGAAGCUGUGGUUAAUGAUGUUGCCCAAGAUGAAUUGCUUCCAGAUAAUUUUAAUUCAAUUAUUACAGUAGUUAACAAUUUAGAUUGCUCAUCUAAUUGCCAAAUGCUGGUCCUAUCAAAAGAUCACUCUGUAACUUCUAAAAGCUAUAUUCCUUUAAGUGGUGCUUUUCCUGUUGCUUCUUCAAAUAAUAUUUAUAAAUUGCCUGGUGUUAAUUUCAUAAAGCCAACAUCAGAAACAUCUAAAGCAUUUGACAUUUCUUCACUGCUUAACCAUCUGACUUGGACUGAAGCUUUUCCUCUUCAAAAUAUAAAUGCAUAUUUAUCAUUGUUUUUGAACGAUACUUCAACAAUGCCAUUUUUGUUGAAUAAUAUGUUUUUAAGCUUGUUUAAAAAUAAUGUGAAAGGAUAUGAGCUCACUAGAAAAAGCAAUUCACCAGUUAGCUUUCCAAAAUUGUCCGAAUCUGGUAUACCAUUUUCUUUUGAUAAAUCUUUAAAGUAUUUACCCUAUAAUUUCUCUCAAAUUGAAGAAAUCCAAGAUGAUUAUGUUUUCCCAGAAGCUGCUUCUUUAGCCGCCUCAGAUAUUUCUAUAGAAAAUAAUCCUAAUAUUGUCAGUGAAAUUAUUACUUAUGAAAAUAUUAAUGAUUUAGGUGUAUCAUCUACUUUGCCAAAUGAAUCAGUGUUUUUGCCAAAUUGUACAGAAGAUGAAGACAGUGGGCUGGUUGAUGGAAGCAGUAUAGUUUCUUCAUCUAGUAGCUUAGAGCAAAAAUCAUCAGAUGAUAUGUCAUGUGAAACUAGCCCUUUAAAGGAAAAUUUCAGCUUGAAACGAAGUGGUACAUUUAUUUGUGAUAAACCUGUAUCACCAUGUCGUGAGGGCACUUUUGUUAUUGAACCAUCUGAAAAACUAUCUACUGAUAAAACGCAAGUUUUUGAUAAAAAUGUACUUUUUACUGCAGUUUUGACUGCAGUAUAUGCUAGCAGCUCUCAAAAUUCAGAAAAAAAUUAUGUAUUGUAUGAAGUUUACAAUUCACCGAAAGAAUCAGUUUGCGGAGACCUUCAAGCAGUAAACCCAUGUUUUGAGACAAAUUUUAAUAGUGAAUUAAUGUUAAGUCAGCAUUUUCUUCUUUGUGAAGCAUCAAAAGAAACUUCAGCAGUUAGUUCUCAUGUUCAUUCCCCAGCUAUUAGCUGUUACUUUAUACUUUUAAAACCAAACCUUGAAAUGGAUUCAAAACUUUUUUUAGAUAAUAUAUCUAGCGAAAACAAUGCUGGAUCAUAUCCUCUAAUUCCUCAAUAUUUACCAAUUGGAAAUACCAACUUUGAGAGUUUUGAACAGUUCUCUUUUGAACAAAGUUGUGAAAUAUACAUGACAAAUACAGAGGAUCUUGCUAAAUUAGAAAAUGAUUCUCAAUUAAGAAACUUGAUACCGAAAAAAUAUUUUAAGUUUAAAACAUCUGUGCCUAUCAAUGAUACUAAUGAUAAUAUUUUGCAAGAUGAAGUACUGCAUGAAACUCUAUUCAAACAGAAUUUGUCUCCCAUUUUUACAGCUCCUUAUGAUUCUCAUUCCAAUGUUGAUCUUAAAAUAGGCAAUGAUAAUGAAAAUUUCGGUAGUUGCACAUCAAGAAAACCGGAAUUCAAAAAGAAUUUUUUUGAAGGUUGUGAAAAAUGCAUUCAAACGGAUAAUUUAACUGAUGAUUCAUUAUUGUAUUCUAAAGACAAUGAGCUGCAAGAAAUUGCAAAUGUGAGUAAUAAAGACGAAGUCAGUUUAGAAAAAGGUUUUAGAGUUUCUCAUGUUUACUCUGUGAAAGACAGUAAUUUAGUGGAUGAAAUUGAAGCGUUAAAAGAUAAUUUAAAUCAGCAAAAUGCUGUUCUUAUAAGAUUGAAAGAAGAUUUAGAUGAAGCAAAUUUUAGAAUAGCUGAAAAAGAACAAAUGUUAAUAAUGAUGCAAGUUGAGUACAAUAGAACUGCUUCUAUUUUGCAAGAAAAUGGUUUAAAAGAAGUGGAAGAAAAAGAAACUCAGACUCAGGAUGAUAUAAAAUCGAGCAAAUACAAUAAUUUAGUUGAAGAAAUAAACUUUCUAAAACAAAAAAAUGCCCACCACAAUGAAAAGAUCGCACAUCAAAACCAUACAAUCCAAUGCAUUAAAUCACAACUAUGCAGUACAAUUUCUCACUUGAAGUAUUUAAAAGAUGCUGCUGCAAAACAACUGAAGAGACAAAAACACCAGCAUUUAAAAUCACUAAAAGUAAAGCAACAGCUGCAUGAUGUGAAAUUGGAGCUAGGCAAAAAAUAUCAAGAACUUGAGAAGAAAAAUGAAAUCUUGUCUGAUCAUGAAUUUCAGAUUAAUGAAAUUCAAGCUCGCUUUGAUUCUGCAAUAGAAGAAUUGAAGCAGAAGUCAAAGAUAAUGAACUGUGAAAAAGUUGACAGUGUCUGUCAAACUGAUAGCUUUUUUCCACAUGACUGUUAUGAAGAAGAUAAGCACUGUCACACAAGUUUACAUGACCUGACAUUAAAGAAACAUUCGGAAGAAUUACAAGAAUUAAGAGCAAAGUUUCAGAAUUUAGAAAUUGUUUUAUCAAACAAAAAAGAGUUUCAAAGACCUUUAAAUAAUGUUACAGACAAACCUGGAAAUUCUGAAAUGAAAGGAUACACCUCUAGUAAAGAGGGUCAUGUAUGGAAACUUUUAACAAUCAGUGAACAAAGUUAUUUAACCUUGGUAAAUAAGUUGUCAGACUCUCUACAAAUAUCAGAUCUGAAAGGAUCUAUUGCACUAAUGCAUUCAUCUUGGCUUAACUGUGAAGAACUAUCUGAUGCAAGAAGACUUGAUCACAAAAGAAUACUUCAAAGUCUGGAAAAAAUAAAGAAAAAUUUGAGAUAUUUACAAGAGAGCAUUAGCAUGGACACAAAAAGGCAGAAUGUUGAGAAUGUAUUAGUGGAAGAAAAGAAGUCUACCACCAUGUGCCAUUCAGAAGAACUCCAUUUUCAACAUUUGUGUCACAUUCUCCAGAAAGCUCAAGAUGUAAUUGUUAAAGAAUACUAUCAAAAACGAGGUUCUCAAAGAACUCCUGUGACUGCUGGAUCAGGGAGAACUAGUCGACAAAUGGGAUCUCGUGAAAGAAAAAUCCCGUUGGAAUUAAAAAAUGGCAGAAUAUUAGCUUUGCUUGAGGAUAAAUUGAUUCAAAAAGAAAUCUUGCCUAACAAAUUGGAGUUUGGUAAAGCAGAUUCUAAGCAAGGAUCUGCCUCUGGGAAAAACAAGCCAACAUCUUGAAAAUGAUAUGAAACAUUUAUUUUUAAUGAACCACACAGAAAAUUAUUGUAAACUGACUUAUUUUAAAAUUCAAAGGUUUUGUGUUUUUUAUGAAAAAUAAAUAUUCAAAGAGCUUACAAUCAUACUGUAAUUUUUAAAUUGCAUAAUGUAUUGUAAAAUACCUUAUUUGAUUUGAAUUACAAAUAUUUACUUAGGUUAAGUGCCUACAAAUUGAAGAAUCAAUAAUUUAAGUGUAAUAUAUGUUUUAUUUAAAGGCCAUAAAUAUUUUGGAUGCAUUUGAAUUUUGAAAAUAGAUUUUUAUUAUCUUAAACUUAAUUUUGGAAUAAGUUUGAGUUGCAUAAAGUUUUCAGAAAUUGACAGCAGUAUGGAGUUUUUAUGCUUCUUGGUACAAUGAUGGCAGAAAUUAUAGCUACUUCUAAUUUAAAUAAUGAUACUUUAGUUAUCAUAUCUUUUUCUUUAUUAAGCACUUCCUUGCGUGGUUGCUGCUCAGAAUCCUUUAGAUUUUCUAUAUGCUGAAAAUUGGUUUUGUAUCAGAAAUUAUACAGAUUGUAUAAUUUUUGGCCUGAAAAAGCCAUGACUUACACUGCCAUACAUUAGAAGAAAUAAUUUUAUUUAUUUAUUAUUGUUAUUAUUAUUAAUAUUAUUUUUUUAUUUAAAAAUGUUUCAAAUAUUUGAGAAAUAUGCUCCAAAUCCAUCUCCCUAGGAUGCAAAAUUAUAAGAAGAAAAAACGUAUGGUGAUAUUACGACGAAAUUCCUAGCAUAUUUAUGUUAUCUGAUUUCCACUGUUUUGAACAAAGUAAACGAGCAAAGGAUAUUUUCCCAGUUCUUUGAAGUAAAAAGGGCUUUAGAGGAAUUCAUUUUCACUCUAUGUAAGAAGUUAAGAUAAAAACAGCCGUCCACAGAAAGAUCUUUUCAUGACCAGAACCAAAGCUUUCAACAACGGAAUGUACAUUUGCAGGAAGUAUGUUAAAGGGAAAAGGAAGUAUGUUUACAAAUAAAUUCAAUAAGUUUUCUAUAUAGCAUAUUUUUUAGACUUGUCCCAUUAUUCAACUAUCAUGCCCUGUACAUUUUACUACUAUUUGAGAUGGUUAUUAGCCAAUAAAUAGAUAUGUUUUUAUUUUCUGAUUGUUAUAACUUUUAAUGAAAUAAAUAAAGUUCUUCUUGGUUAGUUAGAGAUUUAUUUGUUACCUCAAUUUUCUUAGUCAAUUAAUCUCAUCAUGAUAAAAAAAUUUAUCAUUAAUAGCAAAAUUCUUCUAGAAACUUAAAUAUUAUUUUACUUAAUUUUAAUUUUUGUUUCCUAGACUGCUGUAUUGACUUUUGAGAAUACAAUAUGUAUUAAUAAUUAAAAAUAUAAAAAUAAUUGAACAAAAUGUGGAUUUUGAUUAACCUUCUAAGUAUUAAUUCUGAUUUUUCUUAACUUAUUAUGUUAUUUAAUGCAAAAGUAGUGUACAAUAAGAAAAUCCUGUACAAGUUUUCCUUGAUGUCAAGUCUAAAUACUUGAGAGGAAAAGGGAGACAGCUAAUUUUAUAAAUACUUUUUCUGAAGUAUUGGUAUUUGUUUUAAAGUAUUGGACUUUUUUCAUCUUCUGACUUCUCUUUAAAAUAAAUAAUUGAAAUCUUAAUCUUGUAUAUUAGUUUUUCUAUCUUUUAAUAAAACCCAUUUGUAUGAAAUUCACUUCAUGGAAAAAAGGUUAUUUAAAUUGUCUCUAGAUUUGUGCAUAUUUGUAAAUUUGUCUCUAAUAAUCCUUUAAAUAUAUGCUCUAUCAAAAAAAUUUUAUGUGUGCAAAUAAAUUCGUAAUUUUUAAUAUAUUGUUCUAUUUUCUUAUUUACAUGAUGCAAAAUUGAGAAAUCACAGAACUCAUUUUUGUCUAUGUACAAAAUGUUUGUUAAUAAAAUGUUAAUCUAUUUUUU